AUGUCCUACAACUGCUCCACAAAGAAACGCUCUUCCAGGCUGAUUGGAGGACAAUACACUGUGCCAGUGGCCCCAGUUGCCACAGUUUCUACCCCGGAUAUCGACUGCCUGAGUGGCAUCUAUUUGCCCAGCUCCUUCCAAACUGGCUCCUGGCUCCUGGACCACUGUCAGAAGACCUGCUGCGAGCCCACUGCUUGCCAGCCAACUUGCUACCAGCCAACUCCUUGUGUCUCCAGCCCUGUCCAGGUGACCUGCUCUCGGAAGACCACUUGUGUCUCCAAUCCUUGCUCAACUCCCUGCAGCCGGCCUCUCACCUUUGUCUCCAGUGGCUGUCAGCCCCUGGGCGGCAUCCCUACUGUGUGCCAACCAGUGAAAAGUGUCUCCACUGUCUGCCAGCCGGUGGGAGGAGUCUCCACCAUCUGCCAACCAGCCUGCGGGGUCUCCAGGAUGUACCAGCAGUCCUGUGUGUCCAGCUGCCGAAGACUUUGCUGA